UUACAACAUAAGACAUGUGGUGGUUGUAUGUCCUGAAAGAACUAUACGACACCAUAUCCAAACUACAACCAGCAACAACUACACUAAUCUUUCUAACCUUUCACUUCAUACACAAACGCAUCUUCUUACAACUUUCACCUUCUUGGCUAAUACAUCUGACAAUGGCAAUCGUACAAAAGCUUAGAAGGUCUUUAUCAAGCCAAAGAAGAUCGGCGGAAGUUCCAAAGGGGCACUUGGCGGUUUAUGUUGGGGAGAACGAUGAAAAGAAGCGCUUCGUCAUUCCGGUGUCCUAUUUGAACCAUUUGUUGUUUCAAGAAUUAUUGCUUCAAGCUGAGGAAGAAUUCGGAUUUCAUCAUCCAAUGGGAGGCCUCACCAUCCCGUGCAGCGAGGAUUUAUUCAUCGAUCUCACCUCUCGCUUGAGACCAUUGUAACGAAUAUAAGUAGAUAGACAAAUAGAUAUUAAAGAUACCCAACUAUAUUUCUUCUGUUUUUUUCAUAAUUUUUCAGUCUCGGAUCCUUUUAGACUUCAAUGGAUAUUUGUAUAUGAGCAAUGAAUGUAAUAUUUAGACAAAGAUUAUAGA